CCAAUCCCUUAACGGAGACGUGUCUCGCAGUCAGAGCAUCCUUCUGUCAUGGCGUCUGUUUUGGCUAAAUCUUUCGCUAACCUGCCGGUUCUGUCCGUUUUCUUACUCCUGCUGCUAUGUCUGCCACCCGGAGGAGGACAAAAGAAGAAGGAGAAUCUGCUAUCAGAGAAGGUUGACCAAAUGAUGGAGUGGUCCUCUCGGCGUUCGGUCAUCCGGAUGAACGGGGACAAGUUCCGCCGCUUUGUCAAGGCCCCGCCCAGGAACUACUCUGUCAUCGUCAUGUUCACUGCCCUGCAGCCUCAAAGGCAGUGUUCUGUCUGCAGGCAGGCGAAUGAGGAGUACCAAGUCCUGGCGAACUCAUGGCGUUACUCCUCUGCAUUCUCCAACAAACUCUUCUUCACAGUAGUGGACUAUGAUGAGGGAGCUGAUGUUUUCCAACAGUUGAACAUGAAUAGUGCUCCAACCUUCAUGCAUUUCCCAGCUAAGGGGAAGCCUAAGAGGGCUGAUACGUUUGACCUGCAAAGGAUUGGAUUUGCUUCGGAACAGCUGGCCAAGUGGAUUGCAGACCGCACAGAUGUUCAGAUUCGUGUGUUCCGUCCUCCUAAUUAUUCAGGGACUAUUGCUUUGGCUCUGUUAGUGUCUCUGGUUGGAGGUCUACUGUAUCUGAGGAGGAACAACUUGGAAUUCAUAUACAACAAGACUGGAUGGGCUAUGGCUGCGCUGUGUGUAGUUUUUGCAAUGACGUCUGGUCAGAUGUGGAAUCAUAUCAGAGGUCCUCCCUACGCCCACAAAAACCCCCAGAAUGGACAAGUGAGUUAUAUUCAUGGCAGCAGUCAGGCUCAGUUUGUGGCUGAGUCUCACAUCAUCCUUCUUCUGAAUGCUGCAAUCACCAUGGGGAUGGUGCUGCUAAAUGAAGCUGCCACCUCCAAGGGAGAUGUUGGCAAGAGGAGAAUCAUCUGCCUGGUUGGCCUUGGCCUGGUGGUGUUUUUCUUCAGUUUCCUGCUUUCCAUUUUCAGGUCCAAGUACCAUGGAUACCCCUACAGCUUCCUCAUUAAGUGAAAACAACAGAAGAGGAGGUCAGAGGACGAUGCAGAGGCGGUAGGUUAGGAGGACAAGAGUCCAGAAGACACUUGAAGAGGAGGAGGCUGCAUCACUAUUGAGUCUAAAGUGCAUGAUGGGGUUUCUAUUUGUGUAUUGUUGUGUUUUUUAUUGAUUGCCAUCAAAAAUUCUGCAAGCUGAAUAGAAAAUAAAUUAUUUCUUCAUACACUGGAAAAUAAAGAUGUCUGGCAUGUC